AUGAAGGACCACGCCGUGACGGCGGAGCGCAUCCUGCGCCGGAAACGGGAGAAGGAGGCCGCGACGCUGCAUCUGGCGCGGUUCAACAGGCUGAAUCCGCAGGCCGAGGCCCCGGCCGUAGUUGCUGAUGUCCUCGAAGAAGAGGGCGACGUCGACGUGGCCGGCGUGAUCCGCGACCUGGCCCAACGGGGCCCCAUAGACCUGGCGUGGGCCGUGUUCGAGCACGCCUGCGAGGUCCGCGGCCGGCCGCAGCCGAUCGAAGUGUACGAGGCAGCCAUCCACGCCUGCGCCAGCAACUUCCAGCCCCGACGGUGCCUCCAGGCCUACCAAAUGAUGCUCGAGGACGAGCACACCCCGACGACCCUCGAGUGCCCGAACCUCGCCAUCCACAGCUGCGCGCACUUUGGGCUGCUGGAGGGCUGCAUGGCGAUCUACAAGGGCCUCUCCGCGCUCGACCUGACGCCCAACUCGUUCACCUUCCAGGGCGUGCUCACGGCGUGCUCCGCGCGCGGCCGCGGGUGGUACCGCGAGGCGCUGUCCGUAGUGGAGGACAUGCGGCAGGUGCUGGCUCCGGUGCAGGAGGAGGUGUCGCGGGGCGGCGAGGAGGCGGAGGGCGCGAGGGACGGCGGGAGCAGCCGCGUGCUGGUGGACCUGGAGCGGAUGGUGUUCGACGCGUGUCUGGGCGCGGUGCGCAAGUGCCAGACACUGCAGCAGGCGCUGGAGGUGUUCGAGGCGAUGGAGGAGGUGGGGCUGGAGGAGGACCCGCGCGUGCUGCUCGCGGUGGUGCGGACGUGCGGGAAGUACCGGCAGCACUCGGCGGCGCUGGACUUUUUCGGGCAGGCGGCGGGGCGCGGGGUGGCGGCGGGCACGGAGGUGUACAACAGGCUGAUCGAGGCGUGCGUGCGCGGGGGCGACGUCGAGAGCGCGCUCGAGGUGUUCGAGUGGAUGGUCGAGGGCUACGGGAACAGCGGCGUGCCGGUGCCGGCCACCACGGAGACCUACAACCAGCUCCUGCGCGGGUGCCACCAGGCGGGGAAGUUCGAGCGCGGCCUCGAGGUCCUCGCGUGGAUGCAGGGCGUCGGGCUGCAGCCGGACCAGGACACGAUUGACCUGCUGAUCAACACAGCGGAGAUCUGCACGCUGUGGGACACCAAGAUCAUGUCGCGGCGCGUGGCGGCGCUGACGCGCGUGCGGCACGCGUCGACGCGCGCGAGCUCGGUCGGCAACGCGACGGACGCCUCCCUCGCGAACAUCAGGACCGAGGCGCUGCGCUCCUCCGAGGCCAACUGCAUGCGCAUGCUGUACCUGAGUCAGCCCUCGUCCGUCGCAGCCGACCACCUCCUCGCCACGCGCAAGCUCGGCAUCGACUUCUGGGCGCCCGUCGGCCUCCGCCCCGCCGCGUGCGGGCCCACGGAGGAGGACCUCCGGGAGGAACAGGCCCGCUUGGAUCGCGAGGCGCGGGAGCGGGUGAAACUCGCCGUCGCGGAGACGCUCGGGUUCCCGUCGCCGGAGCACCUGCCGCCCCUCGCGGCCUCGGAGUCGCAGUUCGACCUGGCGCGCACGGCCAGCGCGCGGGGCCGCAAGCGCAGCGAGACGGCCAAGCGCACAGUGCGGGGCGCCGGCAUGCCCACGGGGGCGCCGAGCGCCACGCCGCUCCCGGCGCGGCGCAAGCUGUUGCCGCCGUUCUACAUGGGCCGCGACCCGCGCCCGGAGCAGGAGAACCGGUACCGGAGCUUCUAUGCGGCACCGCGGCACGGUGUGUCGGUGCCGGAGGGCGGGCGUUCCGGGCAGCAGCCGUCGACGCGGAGGAGCUCGAUGGCGCGGUCCCGGGCGGGGACGGAGCAAGAGGACGCGUGGGCGCCGGGCUCGCCGACACGUGGGGACAUGGGGGGUGUUCCUGGUAUGACGUCGCUGCAGCAGUUUUUCAAACAGGAGUCCGGGCAGGCGAAUACGCCGCUGGCGAGGACGCUGCAGGACGUGGAGCAGUCGCAGCUGGACGCGGCGAUGAAGGUGCUCGGGUCGCCCACGCGCGAACACUCGCGGCGGGGGUCUCUGGCGCGCGUGGGCCCGGAGGCGCCGCAGCCCAAGGCGGUGGACAUGUCGAACUCGCUCGGGGGCCCGCGCGUGUUCUGA